CGCCUGUCGCCACGCCACAAGAUGGCGCGCAGAGGACUACGAUCUAUAGAUCUCGAAGAGGAUUUAGCAAUCGGCAGGUCAACCCGUUCAGACAAGAAAUUUGAUGUCACAGUUGGUCAUAUAGAAGACAUUAUAAUGGAGGACACAUUCCAGGAACUGCAAAAUGAAUUCAUGGAAAAACAUUACCACCAUUUUGAAGAUGUAGAAGAAAACAAAUUGAUAUAUACAGAUAUUUUUUCACAAUAUACAAAUCUAAUCGAGAAACACCUUGAGGAAUGUUUGAAGCAAAGGAUGCCAGAUUUUUCAAUGGAAGAAUUCAUGAAAUCUUUACAGUCAAGAAAAGAUCAAAUUGGAGGAGACAUAUUUGACAUUUUGCUUAGUUUCUCAGAUUUUAUAACUUUUAAACAGAUGUUCCUUGAUUACAAAGCCGACAAAGAGGGGAAAAAUAUUGAUUUAGGUGGCUUGAUAAUUACUCCAUUGUCGAAUGAACAUCUUGAUGGUGCAGAGGAAAUGAUGAUCGAUUCAGAUUUAUCGCCAGACAGACAGACUACAUCUAGCACUUUGUUAAGCAGUUAAACCAUCCAUAAGAGACAAACCAUACAUAUACUGAUAUACUAAAGUCUUGUAAUAUAUUGUAUAAAAGUUGUAAAACUAUGAACGUUGGAAAUAACGUGAGAAAGUACAUCAAAAAGAAUCAUGUUACCUAUGAAAUUGGUCACCCAAUUUCAACCAUCCAUGACAGUAGUUGAUAAACCAUUCCAAACUCAAAGACUUUGAUCAUGAUAGAUCUAUGUGUCAAAAGGAAAAUAAGCAUGUUUAAAAUGACAAUGUUAUUUAGAGGUAUACUGUAGUGGUGAAAAUUAGACACUGUUACACUCCAGGCUAUGUAAAUCUAGGGUCCUUUAAUUUACACGGCUCCUGCAAUCUAUUCCUCUUGCGACUCGCAAUGCAAUUCUACUUUUAAGAGAUUUGAAUUAGUAAAGAACGUUCAAAAUAUAAGUGUAAGAAAAGGCUAUGGAAAUUGAUGAACACAAAAGUUUCGUACUGCCAAAUUUACAUCUUUCAAAAGUAGAAUUUUAUUGCAAAUUGCUUGAAAAAUUGCAGCGUAUAAGAACUGCCUUUAACCAACACCCACCUUUUUUGUCAAAAUUGCUUUUGGUGCACUUUCUCAUCGAACCUUGAACACUUUUUAACACAAAUUGCACACCAAAGUUGCUGUAAAUAUAGUGACAUUCAUUAAGAGUUAUGCUGAAUAAUAUAUUUUUGCCACAUUCCUGGCUUAAAGACGACAACCUGUAGUUUAUUAAUAGUUCAAUAUGUAUUAUAUUUAUCCCCCCUAAGUAAC